AUGGUCCCACAGCCCACUAAGGCUCUCAUCCUUAUAUUCCCCCUCUCUGGGCAAAUAAAGGAGAAGCAUCAAGCGGAGGACGAGAAGCUGAAGAAUGAGGGCGGUGGGGUUCCUGUUGAUCCUACUGUGAUAUGGAUCAAACAGACAAUCAGAAAUGCUUGCGGAACGAUGGCGCUGUUGCAUUCCCUGAUGAACAGCGACGUGACUUUCGCGCCCCACAGUGCUUUGUACCAAUUCGUCGAGCAGUGCCAGAACAUAACACCUGACGAGCGCGCGCAUCUCCUCGAAACUACGACCCUGUUCAGCCACAUCCACGCGGACACCGCGUCGCAAGGGCAGUCGGCCGUCACUGACGAGGUGAUGAACACGGACCUGCACUUCGCGGCGUUCGUCGCGGCGCCGGAGCCUGAUCUACGGGAGAAGGCGAGCACUGGGCAGGGUGUGGCUGAGGCGGCAGCUGCUGAUGAUGCGGUGAAGGAUACGAAGGCCACCGGAAUGCGACUGAUCGAACUUGAUGGGACGAGGAGCGGUCCCUUGGAUAGAGGCCCUUGCAAUGAUUUCCUCGCCGACGCUGCGAGGUAUAUCAGAGAAAAUUACAUCUCGUCUUCGUCGAGUGUGCAAUUCAGCAUUCUUGCACUGGGCCCCCCGGCAUGA